AUGGCUGACUCGGACCCUGAAACCCUCCUGGAAUGGCUCUCCAUGAGUCAAGGGGAGGAGCGCGAAAUGCAACUCAUCGCACUCGAACAGCUAUGCAUGUUGCUUCUGAUGAGCGAUAACGUCGACAGAUGCUUCGAAAGCUGCCCCCCUCGAACUUUUCUACCAGCCUUAUGUCGAAUGUUCCUCGACGAGCAGGCGCCGGACAACGUGUUGGAGGUCACUGCGAGAGCUCUCACCUAUUUUCUCGAGGUAUCGGCUGAAUGUACCAGGCGCAUAGCGGCCGUGGACGGAGCCAUCAAGGCGAUCUGCUCGAAGUUGGUCAGCACAGAUGUCAAAAAUUCCAGAACAUCCAAAGAUCUUUCGGAACAAUGCGUCAAAGUGUUGGAACACCUCUGCUCGCGAGAAGCCUCAGCCGUUUUCGAAGCCGGCGCUCUCGAAUGUGUUCUACAAUUCAUUAAGGAAAACGGGUCCUUCGUCCAUCGGGACACGUUGCUGAGCGGCAUGUCUGUGGUCAGCCGGCUUUGCGCCAAAGUUGAGCCUGCCGACAAUUCGAACCUCGCCGCCUGCGUCGAGAGCCUGAGCGCCCUUCUCGAGCACGACGACUCCUUCGUCAGUGACGAAGCCCUUCGUUGUUUCGCCUCGUUGGCUGAUCGCUUCGCUCGACGAACCAUCGACCCCGCGCCACUGGCCGAGAAGAACCUCAUUGACCAACUGUUGACGAAAAUGAUCGCCGUUUCGAAGCAAUCGCAGCCUGUCUCGAUGGCCACCAUCAUAUCGCUCCUAUCGACGCUAUGUAGGGGCUCCCCAUCUGUCGCCCACGAUUUGUUGAGGUCCCGACUACCCGAGGCGUUGGAAGCCGCCCUGAAAUGCCCCGACGACCGGAGCGUUCUCGACGCGAUGCGGCUCGUUGAUCUUCUCUUGGUUCUGAUUUUCGAGGGUCGCGUUGCCUUGCCGAAAGCAACCGGCUGCACUCAGAGUGCCGCGUCGAGAGGCUCCUGCACGGAAAGAACGCACAGACAAUUGAUCGACUGCAUCCGAUCGAAAGACACCGAUGCUCUCAUCGAAGCGAUAGAGAACGGUUCCGUCGACGUCAACUUCAUGGACGACGUAGGUCAGACGUUAUUGAACUGGGCGUCGGCAUUCGGAACCCAAGAAAUGGUCGAGUUUCUCUGCGAGAGAGGCGGAGACGUGAACAAGGGACAGCGGUCCUCAUCGUUACACUACGCCGCUUGCUUCGGUCGGCCCGAGAUCGCCAAAGUGCUGUUGAGACAUGGUGCUAAUCCGGACUUACGGGAUGAAGACGGAAAGACCCCCCUAGACAAAGCUCGAGAACGUAACGACCAAGGACACCGAGAGGUGUCGGCCAUUCUGCAAUCUCCCGGUGAAUACAUGUGCACGAACAUGGGUGUCAAUUCAGCGCUGGAUAGUCUCGAGACGCCCGGACAGGACGAACCCCAAGAACCUCAAGGAGACUUGGCUGUUGCGCCGGUUUUCCUCAAAGCUUUGAUACCGGUUCUUUGUCAGAUCGAGCAGCAUUCUCUUGUCAAAUCCGUUCAGCGAUCGGCGCUGAAUCUAUUGCGCAAGAUGCUUCACUAUAUCGACUCGGCCCUCUUCACCGAAAUGUCGUCAACUGAUCUGGCGCCGAUGCUCGCCGGCGUCAUAUCACAGGUCAUCGACGCCGAAGAAGAAGAUCAGGACACAUUGCUCAUCGCACUACAGAUGGUCAAGGACAUUCUUAGCAAGUCCCGAGGCACCUAUAUAGAGUAUUUUUCACGUUUAGGUGUUAUUUCAAAAAUCGAGAUUUUAUCACUAAGUGCACAACAUCCCGAGGCCGAAUGCUCGAUGCAGGACAACAUCGAUAGCUCGUCGAACGAAUCGACCGAUGCGACGGAAGUAGUGGCGGGGAAAAUCUAUCAUUGGAAAGACUGGAGCAUAGUCCGCGGCCGCGACUGUCUCUAUCUGUGGAACGACUCCGCCGCUCUGGAACUCUCGAACGGUUCGAACGGCUGGUUCAGGUUCAUUCUCGAUAACAAACUACAAACAAUGUACUCGAGUGGAUCGCCCGAAGGGGGCGCGGACUCUUCGGAGAAUCGCGGAGAAUUCGUCGACAAGCUCCAGCGGGCUCGGAGCCAGUGCAAACUCAACCUACCGUCGCAGAGCAUCCUCACCCACCCAAAAACGUCGAAGACUAAGCUUGUCGUUGGGAAUUGGUCGCUGUCGAGCCGAUCGAGUCAGGAGCUCGUCAUUCACAAUUCGGAUGGUCAGCAACAAGCCACCGUACUUAAAGAAGAUCUGCCCGGUUUCAUUUUCGAAUCGAAUCGCGGCACCAAGCACACCUUCACGGCUGAGACUCUCUUAGGUGAGUUUUGAUCCGCUUCCGCUUGGGUCGGAGGCAAAUCGAAACGUCUUCAAACGAAACUGGAAGCCGUCAAACAAAAGGUUCACAUGCUCGCCAAAGAAAUCUGCGAAAAAUUCCAAUCGUGCGCCGAGAGCAAACCCCGCCCCGUGGUGCUGGAGCUCAAAGCCAUGGUCGACGAGAUGCGUCAGAUGGAGAACGUCGAGGCUUCACUGAGAAAACUCAACCGGCUCCUGCUCAACGAGAAGGAGCUUGACGUGGCACAGCAAAUAUCUGCAUUCGAGCUGCAUAGCUCGGGUCUCGUUGCCGCUCUUCUUCAGGUUUGCCGAAGCGACCUCCACGCCUCGCAUGUGAGCAAGCUGCUGGACAACGACGCAAUCGAAUUGUUAGCAAUUAAACUAGUGGGAGUUCUCGAGUCGAUCGAGAAGUUGGCCGUUUUUCACUACGACACACCAUCGCACGGACUGCAAGUAUUGAGCCGUCGUCUGCGUAUGCGUUUGAGCAAGGAUCCCAAUGAGACCGCAUUAAUCGAUAGGUCAGGACGGGCCAUCAAGAUGGAACCAUUAACCACGGUUGGCCAACUGAACAAGUAUCUCACCCGUAUGGUGGCGAAGCAAUGGUAUGACUACGACCGGAACUCGUUCAAUUUCGUUAAGCAGUUGGCGGCGAUCAAGAAAAACCCGAUCUCGCUCAAGUACUCCGGCGUCGAUUUCGAUACGAACGGUCUGUUUUAUUGGAUGGGUACCAACGGAGGACUUCCGGGACUUGAUUGGGUGAAUCCUGCUCAAGUGAACCUUGUUGUCGUAUCUUGUUCGGAAGGACGCAACCUGCCGUACGGGCACCUCGAAGAUAUUCUCAGCCGAGAAUCAUCGGCGCUUAAUUGUCAUACCAAUGACGACCGUAGAGCGUGGUUCUCUAUUGAUUUGGGCGUUUGGAUUGUUCCGACUCACUAUACCCUUCGCCAUGCACGAGGUUAUGGUCGUUCGGCGCUUCGCAAUUGGGUCCUUCAGGGCUCGAGAGAUGCUUUAAAUUGGACUACGCUCUACACACACCAAGACGAUUGUUCUCUCAACGAACCCGGUUCGACAGCGACGUGGAAGCUACCUGAAGUACAACAAAACCUCGAACCCGGUCAGCCCCGCGGAUGGAGGUAUCUGAAAAUUCAGCAGAACGGCAAGAACGCAUCGGGCCAGACCCACUACCUCUCUCUGUCCGGGAUGGAAGUCUACGGAGCCUUAUGGGGGGUUUGCGACGAUUUGGGAAGAGCGGCUCGCGAGUACGAUCAGGAGAUGCGAAGACAAAGACGGGCUGUCAGGCAGCAACUCAAAGCUAUGGUUCCUGGCGCCCGCGUGAUGCGCGGUCCUGAUUGGAAAUGGAGGGAUCAAGAUGGUGGUUUGCCAGGAGCGGGAACCGUAACUGGAGAUGUGCACAACGGCUGGAUAGACGUCGCCUGGGAUCACGGCGGAUCGAAUUCCUAUCGAAUGGGAGCAGAAGGCAAAUAUGAUCUCAAACUGGCCACAGUGACGGUUGGCAACAUUGACGCUCCUCCGGUUUCUCCCGCUGCGGUGGCGAUGGCUGCGUUCAAGGCCAAGGUUCGCGGAGUCACGGUCGACUCGCUGAAGAGCCGGCGUUCGAAAACUGUCAGCAGCAGUUCACAGCAGAGUGCGGUCAAUUCAACAAACGCAUCGACAUCGAUGAGCGUCUCUGUUCCCAAUCUGUCCACUCAACAGCCCAACAAACUCUCAACGAACAACUCAUCGACUAUAAGUAGCGGGCUCGCCUGUUCUGCAGAGUCUCAAAGCUCAGUCUCGUCGACUGCCUCCUGCUCCGCCACGAGUGGUGCGCCGCAAAGGGAAUCGAGGAAUCGACUCAAGAGCGCCACAGCUGACGGAAGUCGAAUCUCUCUCGGAGGCAGCGGAGGUGGAGGAAGUCAUGUGUCGUCGCUCGUGAGACUUGCUCUCUCAUCAUCGAAUUUCCCGGAAGUCCUCGCGGAUAUUCUAGGAAGCAUGCCACUCGUCAGUGAGAGCAACGAUGCCUCAACAGCCUCUGGUCUCCUGUCCACGGCCCAGUCGUACCCCUCUCUUACGAACGAAGCCAUAACGGCCGCUGCGAUUAGCCAGUCGGAGCUCUCGUCAGAUUCGGAUCAAGAUCUCGUCGACUUGGCCACCGGCGGCAUGUCGGGAGUUAGAGCUCUCGAAGUCAUGAUCGAUGCUGACGAAGACAGCAAGCAGAGCGAUCUCGAUAACGACGAUGAUUACGAAGAUGUCAUGCUUCUCCAAGAAGAAGAUGUCUUCGAGGUUCGCAAUUCGCAUCAUCCGGGACUAUCGAAACGCGACGCCUGGGACGACGAGUUCAUCCUCAAGAGGCAGUUCUCGGCUCUGAUCCCAGCAUUCGAUCCCCGCCCCGGACGUACGAAUGUCAACCAGACUUCGGACAUUGAGGUACCACCUCCCGACGAGAAUUGCGAUCCGGCCUCAUCGAGCCAACUGAUCGUGAGCGAUGGUCUCGUGGAAGUGCAUCAACCACCAAAGAUUCACCUCACAUUGAAGGGUCCAAAUCUACACGGUAUCCAAGAUGUCCUCGUAGAAUUGAACGAUCCCUCUUGGACGAUGUUCCGAGCCGUGCAACAUCUGAUGCAGAAAUGCGAUCUUCCUACUCAAGUCGACAAAUUGAAGCGCAUUUGGGAGCCGACCUAUACAAUUGUAUACCGUAGUGGAGAAACGAAUGGGGAUGAAUGUAGAAGUGACUGUGAGUCUGUGAUAAUGAGUAGCGUAGGAACAUCGCGCAGACGGCGCAGCAGCUGUGACCUGGAGCCCCUCGUGGGCCAAGUUGUUCAGCUGCUCAAGGCGUUGGCUCGCCAAUACGAUUUGACAGUUCUCCUCACAGGUGAGCUGUGCACCUCACCGAAGUUGUCGCACAAACUGUUGCAGCAAAUGCAGUGCCCUCUGGUGAUGAGUGCGGGUGCAGCGCCCCAAUGGUGCGAAGCCUUGGUGUACAAAUGCCCGAUGCUGUUUCCUUUCGAAACGCGACACACCUUCUUCCGAUCAACCGCUUUCGGGACAUCGAGAGCCAUCGUGUGGAUUCAAAAUCAAAGGGAGCAAAGAUCGACGGUGCCUACAACGGCGGGCGUAAGAAGACCUGGAGACGAUGACUUCAUGGUUGGGAGAUUGAAACAUGAGCGAGUCCGUGUCGCUCGCGGCGAACGUAUCCUUCAAUGGGCGAUGCAAGUCAUGAACUUCCACGCCGAAAGGAAGGCGCUCCUGGAAAUCGAGUUCCAGAACGAGGAAGGCACCGGCCUCGGGCCAUCUCUCGAAUUCUACUCGCUCGUGGCGGCCGAGCUUCAGGCUUCGAAACUCGCCAUUUGGUGGGCCGAUGAAGAAGAAGAUAACUCGUACUACAUCAGACCUUUGGCUGGGCUGUUCCCGGCCCCCUUGGAUCAGAAAUCGGCUGCGUGCGACCACGCGUGCCGCUAUUUUGAAUUCAUCGGCAUUUUCCUUGCCAAAGCUCUACAAGACAGUCGUCUUGUCGAUUUGCCACUAUCAUCCUCUCUGCUUAAACUGCUCACGUGCGGUGCCAAGACCCGCAACUCUCAGGGCAAGCGGAUACUCGACCUCAAAUCAGACCUCUCCGCCAUCAGCUCGUUCAUGGCCUUCACAAUGGAACAGCUUCAAGCCGUCGCUGAAGCAAAGAGCCGCAUCGUUUACGAUCCAUUAUACUCGGAUCCCGUCGUCCGACGCGAGAAGCUCGAGCAACUCACGCUCGAUGACAAAGUGACUCGAGUCGAAGACUUGACACUCACUUUCCAGUUUCUACCGCCCUCGAAAGCGUUCGAACCCGUCGAGCUCCGUGAGAACGGUGCGCAGAUCGACGUGACUGUUGACAAUGUGGAUGAAUAUGUCAGUGCUGCGAUCGAUUUCGUGCUUUCCGAAGGAAUCCAACGUCAAAUGGAAGCUUUGCGUCGAGGCUUCAAUCGAGUGUUCCCCAUCAAUAAAUUAUCAGCUUUCAGCGGAACCGAACUACGAUUACUCUUGUGUGGCGAACAAUGUCCCCAGUGGACGCGUGAGGACCUCCUCACGUGCACGUUGCCCAAAUUAGGUUUCACCAAAAAUUCACCCGGGUUCCUGAAAUUGGUGAAUGUUCUCGUGGAGCUGAGUCCGCAAGAACGGAAGGACUUCCUUCAAUUUGUCACCGGUUGCUCUUCACUCCCGCCCGGCGGUUUGGCAAAUCUGCAGCCUCGUCUCACCAUAGUCAAGAAAGUUGACGCAGGAGAUGGCUCGUAUCCUUCUGUGAAUACUUGUGCGCAUUACCUGAAACUCCCGGAUUAUUCUUCCGAGAAGAUAUUGCGAGACAGGCUGCUGGCCGCUACCCAGGAGAAGGGAUUCCACCUAAAUUAAGGAAACAGCGAAGGCCUAGCUCAUCCGUAGUCUGACGGAUGGGCUUUCUGGGGACGGCAGAUGAAAUAUGGUUUUUAGGCAAACGGCUGUCGUGAAGAUGGUCUUCAAUAAUGUGCAUUUUGUGUACUUCUCCCUGUGUUUCAAUAGGAGUCAAAGUUCGAGGAGAUGGUGAAGCAAUGCGAGGUUUCUGUUCUUUCACGCUUUAUUAGUCAUCAAAUCUACCAAUUAAGACAAGAGAACGAGAAUCGAAUCUAGGAAAUGGCAUUGCCCGUUUAAGCAGAUGGCAGGUGUUUAUGAACGAUGAGUAAGAUUAUAGACUAUUUGAAUGGUGGAGAUUUCGUUUUUGUUAUUCGGAGAGUGUCGGGCCGUCAAAUUGAAGAAGUGAAAUAUAUGAGGGAGGCCACCCGAAACUGCUAGAGUGAUAGACUCACCUUGUCGACAUCUUAUAGGGAAAUAUAUACCUUUCUUUAUGUAUACCUAGACCAAUGAAGGGAAAAAGGAGUAAGGCGGUGGGAGCUGAGUUAAGUAACGACGAUCUAUAAAUGAUGUUUACUUCGU